AUGGAAGCCUCGUUUGAGUUCUUGAGUCCGAAGCAGGUGAAGACGUUGUCGAGUGAGCCUAAAGCCCUGGAGGUCCUGAAGGCGUGCAACCAAGCCUUCAUCGUCCGCCAGCAAAAGAUUGUGGCCUGCUGGAUCGCCAGUUUGGAGGACAAGGAGAGCUCUGCCAGCGAGCGCCAGACGAGGGGGUCAAAGAAGAUUGUCACCGACGUCAAGAAGCAGGCUGAGCGCGAGGAAACCGACUUGAAAGAGCACCUGGCCAACCUCGAUGCGAAACCCUGGCCCUACACCAGCCUGGAAGAUUUCAUGGGCGACCUCAUGGUCCAGUCGGCGGCUACAACUCUGGCCAUGGGUGAUGUCUACUUGAUGCUCGAUCGUGAGGUGGGUGUUCGCCUGACCGGCAAGCUGGAGGAUGUGAGACUUGUGCUGGAGCAGGUGACUAAGAAGAUCGAGGAGAAGUACAAGAACAGCCCCCCCAAGGACGGCAAGGAGCUAGAUUUGUUUGUGGAAAAAACUGUAACAGCCCUUUCGUUGCCCGUGGUGGGCUUUUCUCAGCCUCCCGGCAAGAAGCUGUACAAACAGAUCAGCGGCAACCUGGGCAACCUCAUGCAUGCUAUGUAUGACCGGCUCAGCCUCGAGCAGCGUGUGACGGAUGGGCUCAACCCAUUUGGCCGCUUCGACCGUCGCCAGCAGCUCGAGGUCUUCGCGGAGAGCCAAAAGACCCGGGCGCAGCUUCAGAACAAGAUCAACGAUAAGUACAGUAGCGAGCAGAUCAAGGUCUUGAUGAAAAAGCCUGACCCAAAACAGCACGCCCCGCACUUGACCUUGAACCUCACCACUGGCGCCCUGCACGUCUACGAGAAGAGCGAGGAUGGGAAGUUCAGCUCCUUCGCGUCGUACCCGUGGACCUUGAAGAAGGAGGCUGCCUGGCGCACGUCGCUGGAGGGCAAGUUUCGGGAGCUGGGCUCGGACCUGCCGGAGGCUCGGCAAGUGGAUCGGGUGAAGCCCGUGGGCUCCGCCAGAAGUGCGACGCCGAACAGCGUCAUGGGCUGUAGCGCCAAGGAGUUCGCACAAGCUUCGACUUCGGCGCCAGUCAAAGGAGAGUAUGAGUGGCUGCAUCGGAUGGCGCACUCUCUCAACGGCAAGGAUGCCUAUACUAACUUGGUUUGUGGGUCCGACUUUGCGAACUCCUACAUGAUGGUUUUCGAGAAGGUUGCCCGCAGCCUUGGCUCGGGCGCCAAAGUGACGACCACGGUGCUCGGUGAAGCUGGGUCAGAAGCAGGUGGCCUCCAUCGCUACGCGCCCUUCAAGAUGAAGUACGAGGUCUGGGGACAGCUCUCCGAUCUGGUGCUCAGCCAGACUUUCCACAUCCGGGAGAAACUGCAACCCAGCCAAUGGCUCAAUGCCAUUGUGGAGAUCGUCCACGAGCUGGGCCUGCUGCCACGAAAGAAGAGGAAGGCAGACUCGGGCAAGAUGCUGCUGGCAAUGGGGAGCGAGGGCUCCAGGUGGCGCUGGCUGCCCAUCCCCACGCCCCAGAAGUCGAACCUCCGCCUGCCCUGGCGGCCCAAACACGGCACGAGCUGCUUUCGAGCUUCCGUCGCGCUUCCGGGCCCGGUCAUUGAUGUGGCUUUCAUGGAAAAGCUCCUCAGCCUGCCCGAUAUCAGCGAGGUCCGACUUAUGACGGAGGAUGAGCAGAGGGCUUUCUACCAAGCUGGCGUCAAGGAGGAUCCAGACUUCGCCAAGGCCUUUGAUGAGCCCCCGUUGAAAGACGCGGAGCAGGCAGUGAUUUGCGAGGCAGAAGUUGGGGGUGUACCUUGUACCGUAAGGUCGCUGCUAAAGUUCAAGGGCGAGGAGACCUUCUUCAUUGCUGCAGCGUACCCUCGUGAAAGCUCCUUCUUGGGCGACGCCCAGCUGGCCGAGCUGACGCUGCAGAAGCAGCGCCUGGUUACGCGGCGCUUCGAAGGGGACUCAGUUCUUGAGCCGGUCCUUUCUGGCACAGUAGACGCGGGGAAGCUGCUCAGCUUUGUCCCUGGCUUUCCGAGUGACCUGCGGGUGAUGCUGAAGGCCACUUUCGCAGGGGCGGAGAAGAUGACAGAUGUAGAGGAGGGCCUGUCUCCCAGCUCCUUUGAGGGCAGCUUUGAUCCCAAACUCACCUUGACAAUGGGCGGGCUUACAAUCGAUCAGCUCGGCAUCGGAGCCAGGUUUCCCUGGGUUUUGGAUGUUGGCCGCCUGUCCCGGACCUUCAUGCCUUCGAUCUUUGCCACGGGCCAUUUGACGAAGAGUGUGCCGUUUCGGCUUGCGGCAAGCCGGGAAGCCUCCGGCUUCGCCCUGACCGGCAGUGUCCACCACUGGGUGCAUCCUUUCGGGCUGCAGGGCUUUCAGCUGAAGGACCUCUACCUCAAGGCAACUGUAGAUCCCUUCAGCCUGGAGAUCAGCACCUCCAUCCGCAGUGGCGACUUGGUGGAUCAAGUGCGCUGCGACCUGUUUGGUGUGUGGUCGGAAGAGGACGGGGCUCACCUCUCUGCCAAUGUGGCCCAGCCAAUGACACUGCGGCAGCUCUCGGAACUGCACAUGCACCUCACGGGCGGCCUGCAGCCUGCGCAAGUGCACCAAGAUGUGGCGCACCGUUUGCUGGAGAGCCUGCAGCUCGAACUGGCCACGAAGACCACGGAGGUGGCGGGCAAGACCCGUCAGCCAGGGCUGUACGUUCUUGGGGACCUCUACUUCGCCGACCACAAGUUGGCUGUACAGGUAGAGGCCGCGAUCUCCCGAGACCUGCUGCUCCAGGGCACCAUCCAGGGCUUGAAGGUGGGACCUUUCGAGUUGGGGAGCCUCACUCUGCAAGUCCACCUCAGUCAGACAAAAACAUACGCGGUGGCUGUAGCCGAGAAUAUCUCCAUUCACGGCCUGGAUGGAGUGGAGGCAACGUUGCUGGUGGGGGUGGGCAAGGACCUUUGUGCCUUUGCUGAGAUCCGGGACUUGUCCCUGGACAAGCUGAGCCCGGAGCUGGAGUGGCUCCAGGUGACCUUUGACUCCAUCGCCUUCUCGCAAAGCGAGGUAGAGCAGGACUUUGAGCUCCCUGACCCCACUGAAGGCACCAUCACCAAGCGCUUGAUGGCAGGGAGGCGCCUGGUUGGCCAGAUGGACCUCUACCUGUUUCACACACUCUUUGGUGUUGACGUGUCCGUGAAUUUUGCCUAUGACUUCAACACGCGCGAGUUUGAUCUUCAGCCGAGCCUCGACUCUGUGGCAAGUCUUGGGUCGCAAGACAUGACCGCGCGCUUUGGCAAAGCGGCCUUGUUUGACAUUUUUACGAUCAAGGAGGGCACCUUGGACGUUGGAUUCUCCUCCAACUUGGUGCUCUUUGGUCAGCCGGUGACUGCGUCGGUCCACUUCCUGAUCAUGGGCCUGCGCAGCGCAUCAGUGGAAGGAACCUUGGCGGCGCAGGACCCCAAAGGCGUGCUCAUUGGGCCGGCAGAGCACCAAUUGGCUUUGCAGCAGGUGGGGGUGGGCGCCACCAUUUUGCCUGAACCCGGGGCAAUCUUCUUGGAAGGCUCUCUGACCUACCGGAACGCCAAGCUCAGUGCCAAGGUGCAGCUGGCGGAAGACCCGGAUCUGGAUGGCUUCUACUUCAAGAUCGAGAACUCUUCCUUGCAGGAUCUCUUGGAGAUGGGCGCUUUCCUUGUGGGCUUGCCUGUGCUGGAAAUCCCCUUUGCCGACCAGAUCAUCGUGCAGUCUCUUGAGGCUUAUUAUGGCGGCACCCUGGGCAUGAUCGUGGAGGGCGUGCAACGGCCCCCGGGCUUCGCCUUGGAUGCCCGCCUGCUGAUCUUUAGCCACGCGGUUUCCGUGAAGGCCUUGGUGUCUAAGACCGAGUUUGACUUCGAGGCGCGGAUUCCACCCUUCCAGCUGGCCAUCCUGGAGGUGUCGGGGUACAAUGGGAAGGGAGACCUGGAGCUAGCAUUCAAGCUCAACUCUGAGCAUGUGGAGGUGGAGGUGGACGGCGCUGUCCGCUUUUUGAGUCGGAAGAUCCGUGCCCUGGUGGACGUGAGGCCUCCGGAGGCCAUCGACUUUGCCUUCCAAUUCGAGGUCUUUGGCCUGGCUCUGGACAUCGAGGCCCACAAGAAGGGCCAGGCCGUAGAGCUGAGCUUCGAGUUCGGGGACGAGCACAAGCGCCAGGCGGAGGAGGCCACGCUGCGGAACAUGCUGGCAGCAGUGCAGAAGAUGAAGGAGGACGCAGAAGCAGUUCGCGCAGACGCUGCAAAGGCUAAAGCGGCCUUGGAGCAGGGCAGGUUGCGGUUUCGACAGGACUUGGACCAUGCGCAGGGCACCUUCAACAGCUUCGAGGGCGGAGUGUCCCAGGCGCUGGCAGCUGCAGAGGAGGGCGCUUUGAGCGCGGAGGGGGACGCCCAAAGGGCCGCUGCAGAGAUCCUUGAUGACCUUGCAAGAGAAGUCAGCAAGCUGAAGGCAGACCUUGAGGCAGACAGCAAAGAGCUGGCGAAGAGGCUUGCGUCCGCAGAGGCCUGGGAAGCACAGAUCUUGCAGAGCAUCCAUGCCGAAAAGGGGCGUUUCUCGAAGGUGGUUGCGGAGGCCGGCUUGAAUUUCGACCGUGCUGUGGAAGAGGCCAAGAGCGAGAUUAGCGAUGCUGAGAGCAAGGUGGCCGAUGCGAAAGCCGAGUCCGCAAAGAUUGUGGUGAAGGUGGAGACGCAUCGGUGCUCUCCUGACACUUCAAACCAGGCUGAGAAGGACGCGACCUGGAGAACGCCCAGCAGAAGUUGGACCAAGAGAAGCGGGAAAAGGAGGAUGGUCUGCAGAAGCUUCGGGCGGUACACGAUGAGAACCUCGACCGGCUGGAAAAAGACCAGGAGCAGGCCAACAACUACCUUGGCAAGUUGA